CUCUCGUUGAGUAUAAAAUGUUGCGGGGCCCGUGGUUGAGCACCAGUCCGAACGGAACAACUCGCAUCAUGAAGCUGUUGCUGCUGUGCCUGUGUGUUGCGGUGGCCGUGGCGGCGCCCCAGAACACCGCCGAACUGCUGCGCAUGGACAGCACGCAGAACGAGGACGGCUCAUUCCAGUACGCCUUCGAAACCACCGACCCCAUCUCCGUGGAGACCUCCGGAGCGCCCAAAAAUAUCGGCGAGGAGGUCGGCAUCGCCAUGCAGGGCAGCUACAGCUUUGAGACACCCGAAGGACAGACCAUCACCAUCAACUGGGUCGCCGAUGAGAACGGUUUCCAGCCCUCUGGAGACGCUAUUCCAGUGGCGCCCCAGUGAUAUGUGGGCUCACAUCGCCCCUGACGCCAUAUGAUCAUUUGAAAUCACCAACUUUAGCACGCUGAAAAGAGGGGCAUGCUGUUUUCACGGUUGUAAUAUACGAAGCAGUGAAAAGUGUUCGUGAUUACGUAGCACUCAGCAUUGUUGGCUGCUCAUCGGGGUUCCAUGCGAUCUGGUACUGACGAUUGCUGGUAUCAAAUUCGUUCCUAUCAAUCUUCCAUGAGCCAAUUACCGCCUAUUAGGUGCAUCCACGCAAGAAGGCCACCCUGCAAUUUGCACACCUAAACUAGCUCUAGGCAAGAGCGUUGGGCCACACCUUUGUGAAAUUGCUAGCGAGCAUGCGUGCAUUACAUGACAUAUAUGACGAGCGCAUUCA